CAGUGCCAGUGUUGCGGACAGUGCUAGUGGUGCAGUAGUGGUGUAUGUGUGACCUAUCGGUGCCAUGAUGUCCAAGUCGAUGAUAACAGUGCACACUCUGUAUAACUUCUUGUGGUACUUAACCCACGCGUUGAUAUCAGUCGUGCAACUGAUCCACAGACACCUGUACCUUAAGUUGAAGACAAAGCGUGUCUUAAGCAGUGAUUUGCGUGAAUUAGCCAAUGGUUUGCAGAAAAUACCGAAACAUAUCGCCGUUUGUGUGAAUGAACACCACGUGGACUGCCAUCAGUUGAUCCAAUUGAUCCGCUGGUGUCACGUGUUUAACGUGAAGUACGUGUCCCUCUUCAGCCAUUAUGAUACAUUCGUGUCUUUGAGUCAAUUGGAGGACCAGUUCGUGAGGUGUGCGACGAAUGGACACAAAGCCACGGAUGACGGCGCGCACAACAAUGGCUUCGCUAAGACUCGAGUGAAUGGGAAAACAUCCGGAGGUGUGAUAACAAUGGAUGGUAUGUCCGUAUGUGUCGUGUCUUCUAAGCACUCGCGACAGAGUAUAGUGAAAGCGGCCCAACAUUUGAGUCGACAAAAGGCACCCAUCGAUCAAAACGAGAUCACAGACUAUUUAAGAAAAACGUAUGACUUCCCGGACCCGGAGCUGUUGAUAGCGUUCGGGGGGUCGCCGGCCGUCUAUGGGUACCCCUUAUGGCAGUUAAGGCUAACGGAGAUUCGACGCCCGGCUCUUGCCAUCAGUCGCUGCGCUCUUAUCGCGGCUUUUGGACCGACUUCUGGAGCCGCGGCGGCGAUGGCGGCGCCGUUCGUGUGA